CACGUUGUUGGUUUGUGUGGGCGGAUUCUGCACCCGUGCGAGGUCUCAUGGUUGCGUUCAUAUAGAUCACUGGCUUCGCAUACACUUCCAUUCCCUGAGAUCUUUCUGGUGUCAAAGUAUACAAUUCAGCUGUGCUGCUUCUUGUCAGAAUGGCAGCAGCUGUGUGCCAUAAUUCGGCAAACCUUGGCGAAGAAUCGGUUCUGAACGGGGUGGAAGUUCGCAACAUAGAUGAAAGCAUUGGUAAGGGCCUGUUUGCGACGCGCGACUUCAAAUCCGGUGAUGUGAUCUUCGAGGAGCGCCCUCUCGUCUGUUGCCAGUUCCUUUGGAAUGCCGCAUACGGCUACCUGGCCUGUGACUUUUGCAUGAGACCGCUGGAGACGGCCGAGGAGAACGCCCGCCGGCUGACAGGCAACAACGCCCUCACACUGCCGCACCCUGAGUGCUGCGGCACCAAGAAGGAAUUCGUCGUCGAGUGCCCCACGUGCGACGCCAGCUACUGCUGCGAGGCAUGUCGCGACGCCGCCUGGAGCCAGUACCACAAGACGCUGUGCACGCGCUCCUUUACCAGAGACGCCUCUCACCCGCUGGUCAUUCUCCAGGAGACGUGGAAGAAGAUGCACUACCCACCGGAGACGGCGUGCAUUAUGCUGGUGGCCCGCAUGCUGGCCACGGUACGGCAAGCGGCCGACACGGAGGGUGCCGUUAACCUCUUCAUGCAGUUCUGCCACCGCACAGUGAACGAGGAGGAGGAGAUAGCGCACAAGAUGCUGGGCGUGCAGUUUUCCGACCAGCUGGAAACUCUGCGGAAGCUCAUGUCGGACGCGCUGUACACGCCGGACGUCCACCAGUGGCUAACCCCGGCCGGGUUUCGGAGCCUGAUUGCCCUAGUCGGGACGAACGGUCAGGGUGUGGGUACUAGCGCCAUCUCUGUUUGGGUUCGGAACUGCACCAGUCUUGAUCUGCCGCCUGAGGAGCAAGACAAACUGGACGAGGUCAUCAACCAGCUGUAUGAGGACCUUGAAAAAGAGGCCGGCUGCUUCCUGAACAACGAGGGCUCGGCGUUGUACCCGCUGCAGUCGUCAUGCAACCACAGCUGCACGCCGAAUGCCAUGCCGGGCUUCCCGUGCGACAACUUCCACCUGGUCAUGUCGGCCACGCAGGACAUCGCGGCCGGCGAGCAGAUCUGUGUCAGCUACCUGGACGAGUGUGCGCUCGAGCGGAGCCGGCACAGCCGCAGCAAGAUACUCAGGGGAAACUACCUGUUCAACUGCCAGUGCGGCCGGUGUCAGGCGGAGGCGGACCAGCCGGACGUCACCAGCGAGGAGGAGAUGGACGAAGAGGAUGAGGACGGGGAGGAGGGGCAGGACGGUCAGGCCUGCUGACGGCACCGGCCCCGCGGCCACUGCCACCAGGGCCGCACGCGGGGUGCCCGCUGACGCCACACGCGGCGCGGCGCCGACGGACCGCCGCGCGCCCACGACGGCCCGCGCACUAGACCCCGCGCUCACGGCGCUAGCGACCCGUGCUGUGGCCGGUGUUGGCAGGGCCACUCCGUGCUACGGCCGGUGUCGGCAGGGCCACUCUGUGCUGCGGCCGACGUCGGCAGGGCCACUCCGUGCUGCGUCCGAUGUUGGCAGGGCCACUCUGUGCUGUGGCCGAUGUCGGCAGGGCCACUCGGUGCUGUGGCCGAUGUCGGCAGGGCCACUCCGUGCUACGGCCGGUGUCGGCAGGGCCACUCUGUGCUGCGACCAGUAUCGGCAAGACCACUCCGUGUCCUAGCUGGUGAUGCCGAACACAUUGUGAUGCGCAACAGCUCUCGGCUGCGGUGAGGUAUGGAGCUCGGGACGCUCAGGCGUGACGUGGACCAGUGGGACGCACCUGUUCAGGUGGCUGCGGUCGUUUGGCUCGGAGUCUGGUGGCAGGUUAAGUCGCGACCGAACUGUUUUGGGAGACGUGAUUGCGCAAUAUGUGAGCGCCGCUUCUAUCUGUGGAUGUUUUUAACAUUGUUAGAACGGUUAAACCUCGCUUGCUGUACCGUGGCCGUGUGUGGCGCAAUGUGGGUGUACGUUUGUCACCGAUCGGCGCGAUCUGCUUGCUUGUUGCCGUGCAUCACGUAUUCAUCGCGUCGCCGCCUGACACAGUGUGGAAACGGGGGCUCGUAGUGCCGUGUCCCUUUUGCUACCGCUGCUCGUUUACGUCGGGCGUCUCGCAGACUUGGGUUGUGCGUGACUUGGCAAU